CGCCACAGCGGCUUUGCAGGCACCGACCCAUCCACACCAUCCCCAGCUUAUGGACCCAUCGAGGAUGAAUCGAGCGAUCUCGAUUCUCACGACUUCCAGCUUCCUCCCUCCGUCAGCACUGCCAGCUCGGUGAUGCUCCGCAAGGGCUCCAAGUCAUCCACAUCGCCACUGUCUGCGUCUGCUUCGCACGCAACGGCUGCACCACAUCCCAUCCACACUGAUGGCCGCACCCCCAAGUCUCCCCUCUGGUAUGCGCGCCGUCCCAGCAACACCAACUCGCGUGGCAGCUGGUACACAUCGCCCGCCAUCACCGCCACUACCACGGUCACUGCCACCAGCCAGGACCAUGGCGUUGGCGCAUCUGCGAAUCUCCGAUCGCCACCGAGCAACGUCGAGACCACCUUGACGCGCAAGUCGGCCAAGGACAUGCUCUCGCAAGCUUUCACAACAGCAUCCACCACAAGCGUUGACACCGCUGGCACGAACCAGUCCAAGUCCUUUGCCGUGCGUCGUGGGCGCUCUGAGCAGCUUGAGACGCGAUCUCCGCCUCCCGCUCACUCUCUCGCUUCGUCCGCUGGUAAGACGCUGCGUGGCACCAGCCCUCUUAGCUCGCGCGCGUUCAGCCCUCGCAGCACUGAGCUCGGCUGCGAUCGAUGCCGAACCAUCUCAAACCUCUCGGGUGAGCAUAAUAUUUAUGGCAGCAGUCUCAUCUCAUCCAACUCGCGUGGUCUCUCUACAUCUCCUCGUUUGGAGUUGGAUGAGCGUUACCGCAGCAUGAAGCAGUUGCACAAGCACUCGCACAGCGCCGCUGCCGGCCUCUUCUUCACCCACAUGCAGUCGCGAGACUCGCUCAACGCUGACGAGCCUCAGGCUGUCCGGGGGGAUGAGCGACAGGGACGUCGCAUUCAUUCUUCUCGUCACCGCAGCCCACGCUCCGAGGUGAUUGAAGAUGCACAACAAGAUGUGCGUGCCACUCCUCCGCGUGGUCGAUCCAAGGCGCGUGGAAGGAGCUCGCACCGUCGCAGCCCCAGCCCGCCUCGAGCGGCUGCUAGGCGUGAAUCGGCAACUGUCAUCGAGCCGAUAGCAUCCUCGCCUGCACCAAUCUCGCCACGCUCGCAGCCCAUUUCAAUUUCAAUGAUGGCUCGCGACUCGCGACGAGCCUCUGAUCAAGGCGCUUAUCACCAAGAUGAGGAGCUAAAGUCUGCAUUGCCCGAGCGUCCGUCGCCGUUGGCGCUCAUUUCUGAAAAGGAAGUGAUGGCUCUCGAUCGAGUUUCUCCACCAAAUGAAACCGAGUCUCGUGGCCGUGGCCGUGGCAGGAGCACACGACGCGGUCGUGGCUCACAGGAGCGCGGUUCCGCUUCGCGAUCCAGGUCUCGCUGGAUUCAUCAGGACUGCGAGGUCACCUGGGCAGGCUACGGCCACCGCGCCUCUGAUCGGGGCGAAGUGGAGCCUCGGCUUGCCACCAAGCAACCUCUUCAGCAGCAGCGAGCUCCUCGCUCUCGCGCCAACCGAGCCAACCCCGAAUUCACGGAUCCAGGUUUCGACGACGUCGACCUCGAACUCGAUGGCGACGACGAGCGAGAGGAGUCGCAGUCGCUCUCGUCUGGCGGAAGCUUUGAGUCUUCUGUCGUUCGUGGUCGAACGAGCAUUCGUGCCUAG